AAUUAGAGCGCCUAUAAGUUGUGACUUGUGAAGCUGUGGCUUGUGACAGUAAAUGUAAAUAAAAACUAUAUUUCAUUUACGCCUUAUUUUAAUAAACAGAAACUAGGUAAAACUUUUCUCUGUUACUAUGGCAGAUUCUACAGUAAAUGAUAUUUCUAAAAUGAGAGUGGUAGAUUUGAGGAAAGAGUUAAAAUCACGUGGACUGUCGUACACUGGUGAUAAAGCAGAGCUAAUAAAUCGGCUUGAAACAGCAAUGGCACAAGAUCACGCCGAUAUCAACUUAGAUUCUGAUGAAAUCGACUCCGAUGCCGUAUUAGAUGAUGAAGAUGAUAAAACUCAAAAUGAUGAGAACAUUCUGGGAGAUUGCACUGUAGACUCUGUCAGUGAGGGUAUAUCACUUGCUGAUGUAUCUCCAGAAAAGCAAUCUGAACCGCUAAAGAAAAUGAAACGGAAAAUCUCUAACGAGUCACAAAAGGAACCAGAUAGUGACAAUAAAGAUAAUGAAACUAAAACAAUUGUUUUAAAUAGAACAAUGUCUAUGAAUUCAUCGACUAAGCCAGUAGAGAGUAUAGAUGAAAAAGAUAUAGAUGGGCAGACAGCAACGUCUCUUAAUAAUAAAAUUAAAAUAACAGCAGAUCUUGAUAUGAAAACCAGAUUGGAACUGAGAGCCAAGCGUUUUGGAAUACCUGUGAAAAUACCAGAUGUUGCAAAGAAAGAGGUGAGAAUGCAGCGCUUUGGGAAAAUAAGCAGUAAUGCAAGUAAUUUAAAUACUUCUCGUUCAAUAUCACUAUCUGAUAAUCUCGAAAAGCUUAAAAAGAGAUCUGAAAGAUUUGGGCAGUCUGUUUCCUCCCUAAUGGGUGAUAUUGAAUUAAAGGAAAGGCUUGAAAGACGAAAAGAAAAAUUUGGAAAAGUCAAAUGAAUAAAUGUUGUAAUUUAACAGUUUCAUUAUAUGUCUAAGAAAUACUUAUGACAUUAAGCUGAAUGUAUUCAAUAAUAUUAUAGCAUCCAAAUAAAAAGUUUGAAUAGUAA